UUCAUAUUAAUGCUAAAUUGGAACGCAGGACGAGACGGUUCGUGAAUGAAUUAGAGCCUCAAUGGUGAUAUGGGCUCGCCUGGGGAACCGAUAUUACCCCCAACAGCCCGUAAGCGGCUACACAUCACACCCUUCAAUCCAACUCUGUAUGAUCGCUUCGUCCCGCCUACUCUCCAACCAUUAGCAUCCGAUAUCUCCUUUCAUACUGUUCAGACUUUCCCCGAUCGAGGAUACGGCUACGUCGAGUUGCCCGCCAUGGAGGCGGACAAGCUGAGGAAGAAACUCAAUGGAACAACGCUGAAAGGCACCAAGGUGCGGAUUGAGGAGGCUAAGCCGGAGAAGAAGCGCAAAGCGAACGCGGAGGCGGAUAAUGCGGCGGAAGACGUACCAGUCAAGGAGAGAAAACGAAAGAAGACGGAGGAUGGCGUACUACCUGGGCAUCAGUUAGAAGGGGGCAGGAGGGUGAAGAGAGGGUGGACGGAAGAUGGUGCGGCGAAGAAAAAGAAGGCGAACAAGGAUGAUGCAGGUAUUGAGAGUAGACGGGUGCGCUUCAAGACUACCGUGCCACCGAAUGCGCUCCCGGUGAGUGACAGGCCGAAGAAGGUAAAGGACAAGAAGAAAGCUUCUGCUGGGGAGACCAAGGCUGUCGUGGAAGAGUUCGCAAAGACUCGGAAGGCUGCGGAGAUGCCUGACCAAUCAAAUAAUGCCAAACGCACAGCCAGCUUCGAGGAUGGCAAAGGUUGGGUUGACGAGGAUGGCGAUGUUGUGGAGGCUGCACCCAAGUCAAGUCGACCGAAGCGGCGGCGAAAGGACAUCGUUGAAGAUGCCGAUGUCGCUGAACCAAUACUUGCACCGGAAAAUGGUGCGAUGCAGAGAGACGUGCAGAUACACGAUGAUGCCGCCCACGAGACUGCGGAUUCGCAGGCGGAUACGGUAGCGCCACUUCCAGCUGCAAGAGUCGAUGAAGAUACAGCGACGUCCAACGGCGUGCAAAGAGAGUCAAGCGAACAAGCACAGGCACUCGAUCGAGACACACUAACAACAGAAGCUGUCAAUGCUACUAAAGAAGUUCACCCGCUCGAAGCUCUCUUCAAACGCUCCGUACCGACGCCAGAAAGUGUGACCAAGCCAAAACCUGCUCCUAUAGACACAUCUUUCUCGUUCUUCGAUCCCGAAGACGUCAAUGACGACGACGCCGAAGGCACAGAACCGAAUCCAAUUCCGCCGCAGACACCAUUCACGCAACAGGACAUGGAGUGGCGAAGUAUACGCUCUGCAGCACCUACUCCGGAUACCGCUGCUAUUGGCAAGCGCUUUAGCUUCGCGAUGGCUGAUAGGGAUGAUGGUGACGAUGGUGAUGAAGACGAUGAAGACGAUGAAGACGAUGUGAUUGACGAAGGUAAUGCUGACAGAGGUGGAGACCGUGGUGACGCUGCAACAGGAGGUGGGAUGCUGGACUCGAAAGGCUCUCCUCGUGAGGUGCAAAAUGGUGGACGCGAAGAGAGCGAGUUCCCUGCACACCAUCCCAUUGACAGUAACAUUGGAUCUGCAGCUUCCUUAGCCACGAUACGACUACCGUCCGCUGCUGUCUGGAGGAAUGCCGCUAAAAGUACUUUACUGACUGCAGCCAUCUUGAACGAGCAGACUUCUCCUACGGGCGAUACGAUCAAGAUCGAGAUGGAUGUCCGGCAUCCAAUUUCGCGUUAUCACUCACAUCACGGCUUCAAUGCCAAACUGGCCGCAGCUGAGGGCAACCGCCAUCUGCGUGCUAGCCAGCAGAAGAUGGUCCGCUAUCUUGCCCUGGCGCUGGCUCUCUCAAUUAUCUCGCUGGUCCUCUCAGUGGCACUUACGGCACACUACGGAAUUGCCAUUCAGUAUCAGGGCUCGGACCAUCUUCUCGUUGCAUGGAUCACAGUUUCUGCCGCACUGGUUUGGUUCGCAGGGCUGAUGCUUUUCUACAGCAUAAGGCGGCAAUCGAAAGUCAGAAGCCUGAUAGCGGCUGUAGCGGAGCGUGAAAACGAGCAGGAGUUGCAACCUAGGCGUCCGAGGACCAACUCCAUGGUCGAUGCUGAUGGUACCACCGCACCUUCGCUUGAGCGCCUGUCCUUCGCCAUUGGCUCACCGUUCCCAAUCGCACAUAUAAACGCUCGGGGCCGCAACGUGAGCCAAGAGGCUACAUAUGGUUCUGCGCCUGCACCAGCAGUUCCUCAACAACUACCUUCACCAUACCGGGGCAGCCAGGGAUCCUACGCCACUUCGCCAAAAUCAUCCAUUAGUGGACUCACAACCCUCUUCACCGCGCACAUCAUCCCAGACUCUCCGCUGCAACACCCUGAGCCCCUUGCCAGCGCCCCUGUCAGAUCUCCACCCUUCUCCCAGGUAGCUUCGCCACGGAUCCCGCCACCAGCCUUCACCCGCCACCGCAACGAACAUAUUCGUCUCUCAUAUGACAGCUCACACUAUUCGCCAAAGUCCCGUGCGAGUCUGAGCAGCAUCACCGAGAUCACAGAACGCAUGGCCGAAGAUCCCUUCAGCGGUCCCAACGAGCUGCGUUCGGUCUCGAAGAUCGAUCUCACAGACUGGCAGAGGGUGUCAGUGAAGGCGGUGGAGGUUGAUGUGGUUAAGCCGGUGCAGCCUAUGGUGCAGGUUAUGCGGGAUGAUGGUGUUAAGAUGUUGAGGGAUGCUAGUUUCAGGAGGGUUGGCCAGGCUAUGUAA